AUGGCCCUUCAAGAGACCGCCAAAAGGGACAGGAAACCGCAGCUCGACUUUUUCGUCAAAAAAUGGUGGCGGCGAUUCUUCGCGAGACACACAAACCCUCAGAUUGCGAUACUCCGGUUAGCUCAGCCUAGGUCAAGCUCCAGCUCCAACGCCUUCACGAUGAUUUCCGACGACGAUCUCUACAAGCUCGCCAUCUUCCUGGGCUCAAUUUCCAUGAUUCUCAUCGUGGUCUACCACUUCCUGGAAGUCAACUCAGAACCCACGCCAGCCGCCGCGGGCAAGAAGACAUCAUGA